CUCGGGACGGAGCAAGCAGGCGAGCUAGGCAGCGUCCCCAAGCCAUGGUCCCCACCAGCCAUGGCUCAGCCUGGGUCUCGCUGCUCCCGACCCAAGUGCCCGAAGCAGGCUUUGGUUUCAUGUCAGCAGCCUUCAUCUGCCUUCCAAAAAUAAGCCCCUGCCGCCAUGCCGAGGGGAGAAAAACAAGAAGGGCGGUAUUUUUAGGGACAUUAAUUCUGACCACGUGCCUGAGAGGCAAGGUGGAUGGCCCUGGGACAGAGGCUGUUCAUCACUAUGUCCCGGGGAGCAGGACGUGUUCAGGGCACGCUGCAGGCGCUCGUCUUCCUGGGCGUCCUAGCGGGCAUGGUGGUGCCCUUGCCUGCAGGCACCCGCGCCAACAGCACGCUGCUGGACUCCCGCAGCUGGGGCACGCUGCUGUCCAGGUCUCGCGCCGGGCUCGCUGGAGAGAUUGCCGGGGUGAACUGGGAAAGUGGUUACCUGGUGGGAAUCAAGCGGCAGCGGAGGCUCUACUGCAACGUGGGCAUCGGCUUCCACCUGCAGGUGGCCCCCGACGGCAGGAUCAGCGGGACCCACGAGGAGAACCCCUACAGCCUGCUGGAGAUUUCCACAGUGGAGAGAGGUGUGGUGAGUCUCUUUGGCGUGCAAAGUGCCCUCUUCAUUGCCAUGAACAGUAAAGGAAGAUUAUACACAACGCCCAGCUUCCAAGAGGAAUGCAAGUUCAGAGAAACCCUCCUGCCCAACAACUACAACGCCUACGAGUCGGACCUGCACCGAGGGACCUACAUCGCGCUGAGCAAAUAUGGACGGGUCAAGCGGGGCAGCAAGGUGUCCCCGAUCAUGACCGUCACCCACUUCCUUCCCAGGAUGUAGUGCCUUGAACGAAGGCUCACAAGUGAAAGCAACAUCUUUCCCACCGGAAUUUUGCACAUGUGAA